AUGCUCUGUAUACAGUCAAUGGUUUACGCUCGAGACGCCUGUACGACUGCCCCGGUAAAGACAUCCUCACCAGUAUGGAAGAUGACUUCAAUCGACAUGGUCAGUUUACUAAAGCACAUGUUACCUUUACCACGUAGAGGAGACCCUGGCUAUAAUACUAGACCAAAAGCAUCUACGCUACUCCUGCAAUUCUCUGUCGACUCAACCGUGGAGGUGGUCCAAUCCAGGUCUUCCCCGCAUGAAGUCGAAGACUCGAAGUCCUCUCGAUGUACUCGGGCAAGACUUCUCCGGACGAGCCGAUCCCAACAACACCUACAAGAGGAUGCUUUCGCAGAGAUCCCUGAGAAUAUCGAGAACUGGGUGGAACUUCGCAACAGCCAAAAGCUCAAAGAAACGAACUUGAGCAGUUUGGGUGAUCUCCGGUCAGGAUCAGAAAUCAAUCCUGCCUAA